GCCUACAAGGACUCGAGUUAGCCAGCUGCCUCCGGCCUCUUCUCCUUCGUUAAGACUAGUAAGCCAUGGCCCCCGGCGUGAUGGCCUCAUCGGCCACCUCCGUGGCUCCUUUCCAGGGCCUCAAGUCCGCCGCUGGACUCCCCGUGAGCCGCCGCUCCAGCAGGGCCGGAUUCGGCAAGUACGUCAGCAACGGCGGAAGGAUCAGGUGCAUGCAGGUGUGGCCGACUGAGAACAACAAGAAGUUCGAGACCCUGUCGUACCUGCCGCCUCUCUCCACGGAGGAGCUCUUGAAGCAGAUCGACUACCUGAUCAGGAACAACUGGGUCCCCUGCCUCGAGUUCAGCAAGGUCGGCUUCGUCUUCCGUGAGAACGCCACUUCUCCCGGGUACUACGACGGCCGCUACUGGACCAUGUGGAAGCUGCCCAUGUUCGGCUGCACCGACGCCACCCAGGUGUAUGCCGAGCUCGAGGAGGCCAAGAAGGCCUACCCCGACAACUACAUCCGCAUCCUCGGAUUCGACAACGUCAGGCAGGUGCAGUGCGUCAUGUUCCUCGCCUACAAGCCACCGAGCAGCGAGUAGACCGCGGCCCCAGCCAGCCCGUCUCGAAACACCUUGACCAUUUCCAUUUUUUUCCCCAAUUUAAACGUUUGUGUAAUUACUAUAUAUUGGGCGAGCAUGCAUGCCCAUGCAUGAGCAAUUUAAUGCUACCAUUGGCUUGCGAAACAUGUGAAUGGUACAUAGCUCCGGCUAUAUACCUAUGCACUGCACAUAGUGAUAUACACACGGCGAUCAUUUAUA